UCUAUCCCCCUGGGGCGUCAAAGGAAGGAGUCAGAUAGUCGUACUGGCGGAAAAAUCAAACAUGGCUCAGGUUAAUCAAGACAUGGAACUGCCUAAAUGGUGUCAGGCGUCGACAGCAGCUUCACUUCAAAGAUUUACACGUGGACCUGGCUCAGUGGUCACUCUUCUGAACCUGCUCACAGACAGUGCAAAACUGGAGAAGAGAAUCAGCAGAAUUUACAAGGACUUUGAUAACAAAUGGAGACAGAGUGUCAUGACCAAAAUUGGUAGCAACUUAGCAUACGACCAGGUGAAUUCUAUCAUGAAAGUCUGGCUGGAAACUGUAAAGCAGAAGGAGGAUCUACAUGCCAAAUGCCUUAAUGCAAUGUAUGCUCCAAGAGGCCCAAUUGAGACACUUCAUAUGUACAUCCACUCAGAAGAUGUCAAUGCUUCAAGGAAGGCCACUCAGUCACUCUAUGAAAGGACAAAGAAGAGACAGCUUAAGCUGGAGAAGGAGAUUGACCAGCUGAAAGAGGACUUUUACCUGUCAAAGGACAAGGCAGUUGACUUCAAGCCACAGCUGGAUGAAGCAUUCAGAGAGAGGGAGGAUAAUCCUACCAAAUUCCAGGUUCUCUUGGGCCACUGGCAGAAACUGGAGGCUGAAUCUAAGGAGGCCAAGACAUCCUACAAACAAAAACUGCAUGAGGAAAAAUCCCAACGAAUGACUUUCAUAGAAGAAAUGAAAAGAUUCCAGAAGGAUUCUGACGCCUAUGAGAUGGUUCGUCUUGAAAACCUCCAGUCUGUUUUGGGCUUGAUGUUGAAGUGCAACAAAUCAGUAGAGAUUCAGAGGAAAGAGACACUGAAGCCAGUAUUUGAUGAAGGUAUCUCCGAUCUUGACAGGUUGAACAUUGAGAGAGAAAUUGCCCUCUUCAACCAGUUCUAUGUGUAUGAGCACAAGUUUCCACAGGACGAGCUUCACCCAUCUGAAAUCAAGGCAGAGAAGAAAUCUGGCAAGGAAUCAUCUAAGAAGGCAUCCAAAUCCAAGGACAAUGAUAUUGUCCAAGUCCUGCCAGCCAAAGACAACACCACUGUGUUUGUACAGACCAGGGUAGACUCGGAUGAUGACAUGGACUCAUGGAAGCAUUCGCGUCCAGUGACUCUCACUGCCCCGAGGCCGGUGAUUACACGCUACCUGCCUGAUGUUGAGAUUCCAAACAUUGUGUCAGAGAGUAUACCAGACGCAGCUCCCAUCAGAAAGGAGACCAUUGUGGAAAAUUAUAUGAGCCUCUCGGAGUCUGACUCUGAUGACGAGGCAGUGUCUCCAUCACUUCCAAUGUCACAAUCCACUGACCCCAGAUGCGUCAUGAAACCUGUGACAGGCCAGAAGAUCAAAGUGUAUGCUCUGAAGGACUUCACUGCUCGCUCAAAGGAUGAACUGACAUUCAAAGCAGGACAAAAGAUUUACAUCAGUGAUCACGAAUCAGCUGCUGGUGGCCGUGCCUAUGGAUACAUCAAGAAGGGCAAGCUGAUCAAGAAAAAGAAAUAUGGCUUCUUUCCGGAACAGCUGAUCAGCACAACUAAGUUAAAAGUCAAGCAUUCAAUCCUGAAGAAGAAAUCCUCCAAGAAGGGUACUGAGGAUAGUAAGAAAUCUUAGAUAUAUUUACAGAUGGUUUUUCCUGACGGACCUGGCUAUGAACUCGAUAACGACUUGGAACUGUGAAAUGUUUUUUUAUAUUUGUUGAUUUGUUUUUACAUGGAUAUAUUGUUGACUGUUCUUAUAUGAACAGUGUAUUUGAUCUGUGAUAUUUCUUUGAUAGUAUUUAAUGAUAUACAGAUUAUUGUAUGUAGGGAUGGUUUGAGAUGUGAUUUAUUUGAGUAUUUUAUAAGAAUACACAAUCAUUUUCUGAUGCUGAUUGAUUAUGUGAUUAACAAGGCUCAGUCAUAAGAAAUGACGUUUUUGAAUGAUAUGUUUUGGAUCAAUAUAUAAUAUACUAUGAUAAUGCAUUAAGUUUUAAUUUGAAAGAUACCUGGGUAUAUAUGGCAUAGAACAUUCUAUUUUAAGGGAUAAAUUGUGUAUUGUUAUGACCACAUGUUGAACCUUAAAGCAUCACUGGGUAAUUUAUUGUCUUGUGUGGGUCCAGUUUUCUAGACUGUUGUCAUUUUGUGAAAGUUAAAGUUUUCAUCUGAAUUUCAAAUUCAAUAAAUGUGUAUUCUAAAAUUGAAUACAAUUGUAUUCAAUAAUAUGUAACUAAAAUUACAAAGUAUCAAUAUUUCUGAUGUUAUCAUGUUUCUUUCUGAUGUUGUUCACAAAAUCUCUAUCACUCAAGAAAUUUGUAGAUGAUUGAAGAAAUGUUCAUUCAAUUCCAAUUCAGACAGAAAAUCUAAGAUGGGACUGUACUUGUUAUUGAGUUAAAGGGGGGCUUGUCUCUAUCAUUAGACAGGAAGGCCAGUGACUAUUUAAGGCUGUCAUUGCAACCUGAAAUGCCUAUGGUGGGAAGCAAAGUACCUCCAGGUGGACAAGGGUCAAUGACCUGAAAUGCCUGUGGUGGGAAGCAAAGUACCUCCAGGUGGACUAGGGUCAACUACCUGAAAUGCCUGUGGUGGGAAGCAAAGUACCUCCAGGUGGAGUAGGGUCAAUGACCUGAAUUGCCUGUGGUGGGAAGCAAAGUACCUCCAGGUGGACUAGGGUCAACGACCUGAAAUGCCUGUAGUGGGAAGCAAAGUACCUCCAGGUGGAAUAGGGUCAACGACCUGAAAUGCCUGUGGUGGGAAGCAAAGUACCUCCAGGUGGACUAGGGUCAAUGACCUGAAAUGCCUGUGGUGGGAAGCAAAGUACCUCCAGGUGGACUAGGGUCAACGACCUGAAAUGCCUGUGGUGGGAAGCAAAGUACCUCCAGGUGGAGUAGGGUCAACGACCUGAAAUGCCUGUGGUGGGAAGCAAAGUACCUCCAGGUGGAAUAGGGUCAACGACCUGAAAUUCCUGUGGUGGGAAGCAAAGUACCUCCAGGUGGAGUAGGGUCAACGACCUGAAAUGCCUGUGGUGGGAAGCAAAGUACCUCCAGGUGGAGUAGGGUCAACGACCUGAAAUGCCUGUGGUGGGAAGCAAUGUACCUCCAGGUAGAGCAGGCUUGGGCCGCCAGUCUAAUUGGACAGGCCCCCAUGUAGGAAAUGACAGACUCUUCACAUCCAGAGAUGAGUCAAUGAGUUCUUACAGCAAAAGGAUGUACUAACAUGUGAGAUUGAUGAGAGACGUCAAGUUCCUCCUUUGAACUGACUGUGGUUAGUGCAGAUUUGUAGUUAGGUGUAGGAAGGGGUUCUACGGACAGACUUCUUGACAGACAUCCUUUUUUUAGCCCCAACCCCCCUCUUCUGAAACCUUCUACGAUUUGCUUGAGCGAUGAUGAAUGGUCAUCGGCAGGAACUUGAUGUUGACCGGAGGUCACACAUGUUUAGAGGAUUCGUUUGCAGUGAGCAUUCUGAUUGAUAUGUCUUUGUGACGAGAAGUUUCAGUUGUUCCGACAUAUUUAUAAAUUUUUUCAUUCUGGUCUAUUCAGGUAAAUACAAUUUCCAAUUUAAGUCCCACUUUCUUUUCUUGUCUACAGAUUUCUUGAAAUUGUUUAUCAAAUACGUGCAUCACCUUGUAUGAGAGCCAUGAACAACAUGAGAUGUGUUUAUUGCUUUGUAUUGUACACCACAAGUUUAACAGAAGGACCCACUGUCAUAACCAUUCCCAGGUAUCUAAAAACAUUCAUAUAGGGUAAUAACCCCCAAAAGGAUGUUUUCACCAAGAUAUAUAAUAUUUUGGAUAAUAUGUCUUGUUCAUUCCAGUAUGUUGUUGGUAUUAUAAAAAUAUUUGAAAAAAUUUGAUAACAUAAAUUUCAUCAAAACAUUUUCUAUUGAUUGUGAUAUAUAUGUAUAUUUCUGCUGGAGCAAUCUCUUGUUUUUUUGAAGAUUGUACUGCCACAAUGUGCUUUGCACAACCUGUGCAUAAUAUAUGUCUUUUUUUGUCCAGUAUGGUUGUCUAAAAAUAU